AUUCUCCUCAGCAACAGUUGCAGAAACGCUCCAGAGUAUUCCUCACAAUUUUCAGCAAAGGGACAUUCGAUUUCCAUUAUUCAGGUAAAAAUGACUUCUUCGCACGAUGCACAAGGAUUCCGGGGUAACCAAGGUGAAGACGAGGACGUAGACGUGAUAUCCGUGGAGCCUAUCACCAUGAUAGUGCCGCCGGAGUUGCAGGAUUCGCCUAGGACUGCCACGCCUGAGAAUAGCACUAGUUCGAGCACAAGUAGCGGUUCUGAGAACCACCAGCCUUCAACUCCUAGUGAUUCGCCUGUGGAGGGGACAUCCGGCGAAGUAAGGGGUGUUGAAGAGGUUGGGUGCAGUGUGCCGCUGGCGAGUACGGUCGUUGAGGUGGUUUUGCUUGAACGGUGGGAGAAUCAGGUUCUUAGCGGGCGACUAGACAACCUGCGUAAAGCUCCUAAAACGUUACCGUCCGGCUUCAAAUUCAGGGCGGUGCUUCAUCACGAGGUCGUUGAUGGUGCGGCCACGGUGAAAGGGUACAAGAAGCUGGAAGAUAUGGUGAGGCGAUUCCAGAUCCCCAGGACCAUCCUGAUCCGAGCUGGGACACCAAAUGAACGAGCGUGUUCAGUGUCACGGACAGGCUGGGUGCCAGUAUACGUAGACCACUUUGAUGCCAGUCUACGUUUUCCUCUGCCCGGACUAAUUUUUGAUGUCCUGGCAGAGUACGAACUGGCCCUUUCGCAACUUACUCCUAACAGCAUAAAGUUCAUCAUAGGCUUUAUGCUGUUGUGCGAAAGGCUAGGGGUGCCUGCAAAGGCGGUGGUCUUCAGGUCGCUCUUCCUAUGCCGUUUGUGUCCGUCCACCAGCGGGACGAGAUGGUACUACAUCUCGGGCAGGGAGAAGAUGUUGAUCUUCACCAACAUCAGAAAUAAGGUAGCGAGGUGGAAAAGACAGUUCGUGUUCGUGCGGGAUACGCGAACUGACAGGAUGAACAACGAGCUCGCCGCCCGUCUGUCAGAGUGGCGCACGCCGAACGCAUAUAUGAACUAUCCCCAGCUGACCAGUGGCGACGUCGACCUGAAGAAUCGGCUGCUCGACUAUGUGAAGGCGAGGGGGCUAGUGGAUUUGGAAACCUUGGUUACCCCGGAGCAGAUUGCAGUUCUCGGAUUUGUCGAUGUGGCAAAUCUACACUCUCAAGGUAUAUCUUUAUAUACUGGUGUAGCUUCUAGCCGAUCUGAGUCUUAUGCUUUUGUUUGUGCAGGAGUCAUGAGCAGCAUCCUUGAGCGUCAACGACAGAGAGCGCAAGGCUCCAGGAAUCGAGGAGCCGGGUCGGGUUCCCAACGCCAGUCUCGUUUUGACGAGCGGCCACCUGUUGCACCAGGGCGCAGCUCGCAACACAGAAGUUCCAGCUCGGCACAAAGGCCGCGUGCCGAGCAAAGAGUCGAGUCUGCGCCUUCCAGCUCCAGAAGGCGUUCGAGGGAAGACGCGGAGGCUGAUGCAGAGGAUGACGUGCCUCUCAUACGGCGUAGGACGGGCACCGGCUCGCAGCCCGCCCCGGCCGCUGCUGCAAGAGCCUCCAACAUGCCUCAAGCGCCAGCUCGGGAGGUUGCUGAGGCCGCACUGAUCUUAGCGUCUGUGGGAGGCCCCAGGAUUGCAUACCCGGACGGCUUCAGUUACGUGCGAACUGAAUGCCAUGCUGCUAUGCUGCAGGGCUCUUUAUAAAAUGUUCAAUAAGUAUGUUUGUGUUAAUCAAUGAAUUUAUUUACU